AUGGAUAACAGGAAGAAGAAGCUGGACUUGUCUCCGAGUCAUGCAGAGUCCUGUGACGGCAGCCCCACUGCCCCCUCCCCCUCCUCUGGCCACAAGGAGAGCUGGCACCAUGCGGCCCCCUUCCCGGCCCUGCAGAAGGAGGUGGUCCAACGCAACCUGAAGGAGGAGAAAAAGGGCCUUCAAGAGGACAUCAGGGAGCUCUGGGAGAGGUGCCGGGAACUGAGAGGGGAGAUCAGGAGCUUCCAAGAAGACAACAAGAUCAAAGCUUUAUGGGGAGACAUCCAUGUUUUCAAGCACAAGAACAAGUCUUUCUUGGAUCAGAUCAAAGACUUCUUGGAAGAGAACUGGGUUUUCAUGGAAGAGGUGAAGCUGUUUCAAACCCAAAAGUCAGACAUACGAGAGAAGGUGAGGGUCUUUCAGGAGAAGGUAGAAAUUUUCCAGGAGAAGAUCAAAGGAGCAGAGGAGGAGAUUUCCUCCUUGGAAGAAAGGAACGAAUCCUUCCGUAAUGUCAUCAAGGCUUUUCAGUUGAAGAACAAGGAGAUCCAGGAAGCAAACAAGGGGAUGCGUGAGAAGAACAAAGCCCUGCAGGAAAAGAUGGAAACGGUGGAAGAGAAGAACAAGGCCUUUUGGAAGGAAUGCAAAGCCUUUUGGAAGAAGGACAAGAACUUUUGGGAAGAAGACAUGGCCAUCUCCAGGGACAAAAUGAGCCUUUGGAAUGAAUACAUCGCUCUCCGGGACAACGACCAGGCUCUCCAAGAAGAAAAAAGCCGAAUGUGGGACAUGGUGGAAGCUCUCUGGGAUGCCAAGUAUUCCAUCUGGAAGCAACUCAACGGUUUCCCGGAAGAAGCGCCACACGACUUAGGAAUUGGCGUGGUGGGGAACGGGGCCGAUGGUGACCAUGACAGUGUCCCUGAAGAAGACAAGCAAGGGUGA